CAGUUGCUGCUGCAGCACAGAAGUUUAUAUAAUGUGGUCCAGUUUUGUUGUAUUUUUCUGUAUUGCUGUAGCUUUCUGUGACAGAGUUUCUAGGGAGGAUGAAAAAUCUCAUCAUAUACCUGAUAGGAGUGUUUACAAUAUAAGCUAUGCGGCUUCCGAUGGUACUGAACGACACGAAACAGGUCUACUGAGGCAGAAAGGAGAUACAAGUUUUCUGGUAGUGAAAGGCAUAUACAGUUGGCUGACAGCUAGAGGCACAUGGCAGGUCACCUACGAAGCAGAUGAAAAUGGAUUUAGAUCAGAGACAGUCCUAUUGCCACCUCGACUGCGUGCACCUAUUCUUAAUAUCAGAAUUCAAACAAAUGGAAUUGCUUCUUUAGUUGGUGGAGGACUGGGUUGAUGAAUAAACGUUAGCUAAGUUUCUUAUUUUCGAUCAAAACACCGCCAGAAAUGUCAGUGAGGCACCUCAGAUCAGUACUAGAGUAUACUGGGGUGCGUUUGUAUAUCACUGGGCAAUGUAAUACUCUACACAGGAAUGGAAUGUAACGGGUGAUUUUCUAAGAGGUAUAGGAUCUGAUUUUCAGAAAAAAAAACACAAAAAACUUGAAAAAACGAUUAGAUCUUUAUUUGAGUCGAUAGAACGGUCGAUAUAAUUUAAUGUUUAAAGAUUAUUUCAUGUAAAUGUUGGCCGCGGCUCAGCUUUAGAUGGCCCAUGCGCAAUGUCCGAUUUUGGCACACUCUCUCCAACAUAUCGGCCGGUAUCUCACGAAUAAAUGCUUCAAUAUUAGCUUCCAGUGCGUCAAUCGUUGCUGGUUUAUCCCUGUAGACAUUAGCCUUAAUAUGGCCCCACAAGAAGUAGUCCAACGGCGUUAAAUCACACGAUCUAGGCGGCC